GGCUCCCAGCGUGACCCGGGAGCGGUCAUCAGCAGUCCCUGCGGAGGCGCGGCCAGCCUCCUCGUCAGCGCAGGCGCUUCUCGUCGGUGCGACGCGCCAUGGCGAACGCCAACGGCAGCAGCGAGCUAGUGGGGCUGCACAACGUAUCGGCCGACUUGCUGCAGAAGAAGUGUCCCAUGAUGUGGGACUUGGCCCAACCGUGCGACCUGUCAUUCAUGGCCGACCUGAUCUCCGGAGGCGACGCGGCCAUCCUGGCCCAGGUGCGUCGCAUCCACAACAGCAUGGCAGGGGUGGACGACGACUUCCUGGAUCGGCUCAGCAUGAACCGCAGCGUCGGCGACGGAGCCUUCUACACUAUCAUCAUCCUGUACGCGCACCUCAUUUGCUUCGGCGCGAUCGGCAACGGGCUGGUGGUGCUGGCCGUGCUGCGGAAGGCGACGAUGAAGACGGCGCGCAACAUGUUCAUCCUAAACCUGGCUGUAUCGGACCUGCUCCUCUGCCUGGUGACCUCGCCGUUGACGCUGGUUGAGAUCCUGUCGCGGUACUGGCCGCUUGGUGCUGGCACCGACUUCCUCUGCAAGCUGUUCGGCGGGCUGGAGGCGGUCUCCGUGUUCGUCUCCUCUAUGUCCAUCACGGCCAUCGCGCUCGACCGCUACCAGGUGAUCGUAUACCCGACGCGCCAGAGUCUGCAGCUGGCCGAGGUGUGCAUCAUCCUGGGCUGCGUGUGGUCGCUGGCCACGCUGCUGGCGUCUCCCAUGUUCGUGGUUCGCGAGCUGGAGCACCACGCCAUCAACGAGACGGUGGUCGGACUGCCCGACACGUUCGACUACUGCGUCGAGAGCUGGGGCGUGGAGCGCGGCCGGGCCUACUACUCGGUCUUCAGCAUGAUCUGCCAAUACGUGCUGCCUAUCGUCACCGUCAGCGUCGCGUACGCGGGCAUCACGCGUAAGCUACGCUUCCGCAUGUCAUCGCUGGCCAACCGGACGUCCAGCUUGCGCGAGAGCCGCGAGCAGCGCGCGCGGCGGACGCACACGCUGCUGGUGGCCAUCGCGCUCAUCUACGCCAUCUCCUGGAUCCCGCUGAACAUCUGCAACCUGGUGUCCGACUUUGUCUCGUUCCGCGACAUGGAGCAGAUGCGCGUGGUGUACGCCGUCUGCCACAUGAUCGGCAUGUCGUCCGCCUGCUCCAACCCCAUACUCUACGGCUGGCUCAACGACAACUUCCGCAAAGAGUUCGUGGACAUCCUUCAGCGGGCGACGCCGUGCUUGCCGCCCUGCUGA